CGCCAAGCAAAAGCAAGGCCGGCGCGCCUUCGCGCUUGCUUCCCACACCCGUCAUCCCUCAAGCGCUCGAGACACAAGCUCAAGCUCAGGCCUUGACGUGCGCUCAGCGCCGUCCCUGCUCAUCCACUCGCUCGCGCUUCGCCAGCUGGUCUGCAGGCGUCUGCACGUGCUCGAUGCAGCGGUGAUCUGCGCCCCGCCAUCAAGCGCCCUUCGCUUCGCCCACGAUGGCAUCCUCACACAGCGACCUGUCGCCGUCGCCGCCGCCCGUCGCCUCGUCGUCAUCAGCGCGGGCUUCUUCUUCGGCAACGGCUGCUGCGCUGCUUCCGCCUCGCCGGCGCACACGGCCGCCUGCGCGCGACAAGCAUGCCAUCGCCGGCUAUCGCGCGCUGCUGCCGCUCGCUGCAGCUAACAAGAAUGGGCAGGCAGCAGGCGCAGAGCUCGACUGGGAGGAGGUGCUGCUGCGCGAGCUCGCUGGACCGGCUCCGCUGGCACCACGCAUGACGCAGACCACGAUCACACGCAAGAAGGCGUGGCCCACCGGCGACGAGCAUGCGCAGUGGAGCACCUUCGACGAGGUCGCGGCGAGCAACGAGCGCAGCAAGAAGGAGCGCUUGCUCCAUGAGCGGCAAGAGGCGCUGAUUGGUCGCCUGAUGACGCGCAGCUUCGAUGCACAUGACGAUGAGGCUGGGUCCGAUGCCACUUCGUCGUCGUCGUCGUCGUCGUCGUCGUCGUCGUCAUCCUCGAGCAGCUCAAGCUCGAGCUCAGCGUCGUCCUCUGCCUCAGCGUCGGCUGCACAGCGCCGUCGCUCGCCCUCGCCGCGAGAUCCAUCUCCUGGCGUGCUCGCGGCCGCACUGCACUCUCACGUGGCACUGCAUCGUCUCAGCGUCGCGCUCGCUCCGCCGCUCGGCAAGCGCCCGCAGCCGCUGACUGAGGAGCGGAUGCUGCAUGCGCUGCCCAUCGCCGGCGCGACGAGCGAGGCAGUCGCCGCUGUACGAGCUGAGGCUGGCGUGCUGGAUCCCGAUCCGGGCCAGCCGCAGCGGCCAGGCACGACAUGGUCAGCGCUGAACAUGCGUGCCUUCGUCGAGCCGACUGCCGUGCUUGCGCCGCCGCGUACGCGUGCACAGCAGGACGAGGCGCUGCUCUGCGACCCGUUCUUCGCGCGGGUCAAGCUCGCCAAGAUCAAGGGCCGCACUCCGAACAUGAGGCGAAAGCUCGGCGACACGGUGCCGCUGCUCGUCGCCUCGACGUCCGCCAAGCUCUUGGAUCCGGGCAUCGACGUCGACGAGGCCGUGAGACGAAGCAGGAAUGCGCGCGACUGGGUGCUCGACAAGUUGGAGGUUCGCAAGAAGCGCAAGGCCAGGUCUCGAGAGUACCGCGCGCAGCGACGCGCUCGCGAGGCUGAAGCGAAGGCGCAAGCGCAAGAUGAGGAGGAGGAGGCGCAGCCAACCGCAGCGCGCGAGGGCGAUGAGGCAUCUGCGUCUUCAUCAUCGGGCUCUUCCAGCUCAUCAUCCUCGUCGUCAUCUUCGUCGUCCGAUGACGAAGCGCCGCAUACAAGCAGCCGCGGUGCCGCCUCUGCCGCAGAGAUCCGCGUGAAGCGUCCAAGGUCGGACAGCGACGCCAGCGAUCAGCCGGGACCGCGACGACGAGCUCGAAGAGGCGGCUCGCCUCCGCAGCCAGGGCCGGCGACCGGCUCAGGGGCUUCUUCCUCCUCGGGAGUCCGGCGCGCAAGUGCUUCAGCCCCUCGCGCUCCUCAACGGCCACAACGUCUGUCCCUGCCUCCCUCAACGCAUGCCUCGUCACGAUCGGAAAGCGAGGCGAGCGAGUCGCCCGUCCGCGCACGCCCGCCACGCCCUCCUCCGUUCAAGAAGAAGAAGCCGUGCCGUGGCUUCUGAGAACGAGCGCCAUUCUUCGGCCCAGGCGCGUCGUUGCGGCACGCUCCCAUGUACCUCGCGGCUCAUACGAACGAGCCCGAAAUGUGCCAGAGGGCGAGCUC